CGCAGCAGGAACGACGCAAAACCGCAAAGUGAAGCCCAGUCAAACCUUGAGAUGGCGACGACUGAAGACGCAGCGUUCGCUCAGGGCAUGUUCGUGACCCUCUGGCCCAAGAUUGAGCGCUGUCACGACUAUGUAGAGUUGCUACUGGCCGCCCAGGAGAAGCUCCAGCAGACAGUGGACGUACUUAUUGCCGGUCUUCAAGAGGCGGAAAAGGCCGAGGGAAGCUCCCUUGUGAGCUACGCGGAUCGACUCCGCAACUUUCCCUCGAGAGUCGAGAGGUUGCAGAAGAAGCUGACGAGAAUCCAGGAUCGCCUUAUGGCCAUGAAGGAAUCACCUGGGAAAUCCAAGACCAUGUUUUCGGCGGAGGAAAUGGCGGUCUACGCGUCUCCAUUGUUCUGAGGAGUUAUCUCAGUGUGUGGAACCCCUAACUGCGUGGAUUUUAAGUUGGGCGUUGAUCCGUGACGGCUUCUCCACGUGAAUGGUGCUUAGGAAAGAAACAUCUCGUCCAA